CCGGGGAGGGAGCCAGGGACGGGCCCUGGGCAGGGCCCAGGGAAGCGGAGAGGUGGAGCGCUGCGAUGCCGUUCGGUGGGAGAACAGCGGGAGCAGUGCCGGCCUUCGCGGGAGGGGAGGGAAACGGGGACGCGGCCGCGACCGCCCUGCUGACAGGGCAUUGGUAAGUGAGCGGCUUUGAACGUGCUUCCUGGGAGAAAACAAGGUUGAAAACUAAUCACCUGUCUGGCAUCUGUGGCAGAGAUCUUUCCAGUUUUCUCUCCUAACAAAGCUUUGCUGCUCUUUCCAGAGAUGUUGGUCACCUCCUCCUGAGAUACUCAGAGCAAUGUCCUACGUUUUUGUGAACGACUCCUCCCAGACAAAUGUGCCGCUGCUGCAGGCUUGUAUUGAUGGAGAUUUUAACUAUUCCAAACGACUCUUAGAGAGUGGUUUCGACCCAAAUAUUCGUGACAGCCGAGGCCGAACUGGCCUUCACUUGGCUGCAGCCAGAGGAAAUGUAGACAUCUGUCAGCUCUUGCAUAAAUUUGGUGCUGACCUACUAGCCACUGAUUACCAGGGUAACACAGCCCUUCACCUGUGUGGGCAUGUCGAUACCAUCCAGUUCCUAGUUUCUAAUGGACUUAAAAUUGAUAUUUGCAACCACCAAGGUGCAACACCCCUUGUUCUUGCCAAACGAAGGGGUGUGAAUAAAGAUGUGAUUAGACUGCUGGAAUCUUUAGAGGAGCAAGAGGUGAAAGGAUUUAACAGAGGAGCUCACUCAAAGCUGGAGACAAUGCAAACGGCUGAAAGUGAAAGUUGCUGCUGCUUGGCAAGCAAAGGCCAGAGCUCUGUUCCCAAGUCGAAUUUGGUUUUGCCUGCUUUGCUCUCCUGCAGUGCAAUGGAAAGCCAUUCCCUUCUUAAUCCAAACCUACAGCAAGGUGAAGGAGUUCUUUCCAGUUUCCGCACAACAUGGCAAGAAUUUGUGGAAGACCUGGGUUUCUGGAGGGUGCUGCUCCUCAUCAUUGUCAUUGCUCUUCUGUCCCUUGGAAUAGCAUAUUAUGUUAGUGGGGUGCUCCCUUUUGUAGAAAACCAGCCUGAACUGGUGCACUGAAGCAAAUGCAAAGAAUACAGUGUCCUUUUUCCUGUUCUAAUCUAAUCUUAUUUUCAGCUUGGAAUUAUUCUCAUGGUGCAGACAGUGGCAGCUGUAUAUACUGUUUGCCUUUUGUACUUACUCUUAACCCCUUUGAAAGAGGGAUUAAUUAAUUUCAAGUAAAACACUAAAUUCUAAAGCAUUCCUAAGCUACCUCUGACUUGCCUUGACUUGCAAGCAAGAUGUGAAGAUAGUCCUCUCUGAUAAAAUAUUGUAAUUAGAAAAGGCCUUUCAUUAUGAAUAUUAAAUUCCUGCAUAUGAAAAAAUACAUACUAGUACAGAACCAAAUUUGGUUUAUUUUUCCUAUGAAGAGAGGUAAAUCUAUUGGAUUUUUUGUAAGUGCUUCAGUUGUAAGAAAAAUACUCUUAAAAGUCCUCCUCAAGAAAUCUCAAUAAUCUAAUAACACAUCCUGAUAUAUAGAUGGUGAUAAGCUGCGACUCCAUAGUUAUUUUAAUGCCUCCCCAUAGUUUCCUAUCUGCUAGUUUAUAAAAAGAAUGAGAAAUAGUUUGAGUUUUACUAUGUCUCUGAUGUGUAGAUCACUCCUUUAUUUAUUAGAUUAAUGCAGUGUGUCUUCUCCAGAUGAAUUUAAUGUUGUUAAUACCUGCCUGAAGUGAAUUUUGUAGAAUAAAACUGUUGUUGUGCUUUGGAAGAAGCCUUGGGCUGAAAAUUUUGCAUUUUUGUUGAAAUGUUGCUAAGCAAACCUUUCAUUGUAAGGGUAAUUAAAAAGUGAUUUAGGUGUUCUGCCAUGUAUAUAAUAAUUCUGUAAGGCCAUUGUGAAAUAUAUCAUGAAGGAUAACUUCUUCUUCCUCCCAUAAGGAUCAGACUGAACCAUGUAAUUGUAUUUUCAUGUUUGUGGAGAGAACUUGAUUGAAUAGAAUUCCUUUCUAGAAUUGUUUUCCAUUUCACUUGCUUUCAGACAGAACCUCCAGGCUUACGAAUUAUUUUCUGAGUCUGCAGAAUAAAGGUAUUUAAAAUACUAAUAUUUAGGAACAUUGUAUGAAAUUAAAUCUUCAUCCAUUCUGCACUUUGCUGUGAAGCCCUUUGUUGUAAAUAACCUAGGGAUACGAAUCCAUUAGAUAUUCCUUUAUGAAGACUAAAAAGGUAUUGCAUAGUAAGUUGGAGGUUUUCAAAGAAAGUGUAUUCUCUCUCCCCAUGCUGAUUAGACAUCUAGUUCUCUUUUGCCAUUGCCUUGAAAAUCCCAAACAAAAUGAAUUGUGUGAGCCUAAGGAAUCAAUUUUUAUUUUUUUAAUUAGCCCUCUUCAGUUGUUACUAAAUAACAUAAAACAUUUAUUGUACAUUUAAAUGUAACCUACAUGGUUCUGUUCUGGUACCAUGUAUAAUUUUCUUUCUUGUUUAUUGGUUUGAAUUAAGUGGUUUGUUGCCUUUGUUUUGAUGCGUGACAUGGGUUUUGCUGGAGCUGGGCCCCGUUCUAGAUUGCAUCUGAAUAAAUCUUGAUAUCAAUUCUUAAGUUAGACUUUAAUGACACAAUACUUUUUUAGCAGCACAGUGCUGCAGAAACAAAAGCAUCUUAAAAAAACAAAAAAUGAGAACAUAAUCCUCCUCUGAGUAUUUCACUUACGGUACCAUUGUUCACAAAUAGAUAAACUCAUCAUAUACCUAAAUUACAUUUACUUGUCUAAAUAAGUACAUUUCUGUUAAUAAUACCAUGCAUCUUGAUUAAUGAUGUUGUCUUUCAGUAUGUAUUAUCUGCAUAAUUUGUAAUUGUAUUCUCUGUAUGGGUGAAUGCCACAAAUAAAUACAUGAAGUAAA